CCAGACCUCACAAUGGCCAAAGCAUUAGGAGGCCAAGGUGAUGUAGGGAAGACCAACCCCGAAGAAUUGUUCGCCGCAGGUUACGGUGCUUGUUUUCAAUCAGCCAUGAACGCGUCGGCCAUAUCACUCAAGAUCAAAAUGCCCGAGAGGGAAGAAGAUUCGGUGGUGGAGACGACGGUCCACCUGGUGGGUGACAUGAAGAAACUCGACAUGGGUAUCCGGGUCGACAUGAAGGUAAAGGUCAAGGGCCUGGAGAGGAACCAGUUGGAAAAGGUCGUGGCCAAAGCCAAGGAGGUGUGUCCUUAUUCGAGGGCGACCAAGGGAAACGUCACCACCAACAUCGAGGUCGUCCAUGGAUAG